AUGGCCGGCAAAGGAGAGGGACCAGCCAUCGGUAUCGAUCUCGGCACCACCUACUCCUGCGUUGGUGUAUGGCAACACGACCGUGUUGAGAUCAUCGCCAAUGACCAGGGUAACAGAACGACGCCGUCUUAUGUCGCAUUCACAGACACCGAGCGUUUGAUCGGUGAUGCUGCUAAGAACCAGGUCGCCAUGAACCCCAUUAACACCGUAUUCGAUGCUAAGAGGUUGAUUGGUCGUAGAUUUUCUGAUGCGUCUGUCCAGAGUGACAUGAAAUUGUGGCCAUUCAAGGUCACCCCCGGACCUGGUGACAAGCCCAUGAUCGGUGUCUCUUACAAGGGAGAAGAAAAGGUCUUCGCCGCUGAGGAGAUCUCCUCCAUGGUCCUUAUCAAGAUGCGUGAGAUUGCUGAGGCAUACCUAGGCAGCACAAUCAAGAACGCCGUGGUCACAGUCCCUGCCUACUUCAACGACUCUCAGAGACAGGCCACCAAGGAUGCCGGUGUCAUUGCUGGAAUCAAUGUCCUCCGUAUCAUCAACGAGCCCACAGCAGCUGCCAUUGCCUAUGGUCUUGACAAGAAGGCCACCAGCGUUGGUGAGAAGAAUGUCUUGAUUUUUGACCUUGGAGGCGGUACUUUUGAUGUGUCACUUCUCACCAUUGAGGAGGGUAUCUUUGAGGUCAAGGCCACAGCCGGAGACACCCAUUUGGGAGGUGAAGAUUUUGACAACAGAAUGGUGAACCACUUUGUUCAGGAGUUCAAGAGGAAGAACAAGAAGGACAUCAGCGGCAACCCAAGAGCCCUCAGGAGGUUGAGGACUUCAUGUGAAAGGGCGAAGAGAACCCUCUCAUCCACUGCCCAAACCACCAUUGAAAUUGACUCUUUGUAUGAGGGUAUUGAUUUCUACUCCACCAUCACCCGUGCCAGAUUCGAGGAGCUCAACAUGGACCUUUUCAGAAAGUGUAUGGAGCCCGUCGAGAAGUGUUUGAGAGAUGCCAAGAUGGACAAGAGCACAGUCCAUGAUGUCGUGCUUGUUGGUGGAUCAACCAGAAUUCCCAAGGUGCAGCAGCUUCUUCAGGACUUCUUCAACGGCAAGGAGCUUUGCAAGAGCAUCAACCCCGAUGAGGCUGUCGCCUACGGUGCUGCAGUCCAGGCUGCCAUUCUCAGCGGUGAGGGCAACGAGAAGGUCCAGGACCUUCUUCUAUUGGAUGUCACCCCACUAUCUCAAGGUUUGGAAACUGCCGGAGGUGUCAUGACCGUUUUGAUCCCCAGAAACACAACCAUCCCCACCAAGAAGGAACAGGUCUUCUCAACAUACUCCGACAACCAGCCCGGUGUGUUGAUCCAGGUCUAUGAAGGGGAAAGAACCAGGACCAGGGACAACAACUUGCUCGGAAAAUUCGAGCUAUCCGGCAUCCCACCUGCUCCCAGAGGCGUUCCCCAAAUCACUGUUUGCUUCGACAUCGAUGCCAACGGUAUUUUGAACGUGUCGGCCGAGGACAAGACUACCGGACAGAAGAACAAGAUCACAAUCACCAACGACAAGGGCAGGCUCUCAAAGGAGGACAUUGAGAAGAUGGUCCAGGAGGCAGAGAAGUACAAGUCUGAGGAUGAAGAGCACAAGAAAAAGGUUGAGGCCAAGAACGCCUUGGAGAACUAUGCGUACAACAUGAGGAACACCAUCAAGGACGAGAAGAUCGGAGCCAAGUUGCCGCCGGCUGACAAGAAGAAGAUCGAAGACUCGAUCGAAACCGCCAUCCAGUGGCUCGACAGCAACCAGCUCGCAGAGGCCGAUGAGUUCGAAGACAAGAUGAAGGAGUUGGAGAGCAUCUGCAACCCAAUCAUCGCCAAGAUGUACCAGGGUGCUGGUGCUGACGGUGCUGGCCCUGUUGAUGAUGAAGCUCCAGCUGGUGCAAGCGGCCCUGGACCCAAGAUUGAGGAAGUCGACUAA